UAGAUAAGAUAAGAAGCAAAAAAAAAACAUUUAAAUUUCAAUUAUAUGAGAUGGAUCGACAGCAUUGGUGUUCAUUCUGUCAUACUCCCUUUAAAAAUGAUUUGAAAUUAGAGGCUCAUUUAAACUUUCAUGCGAAACAACCACCAGUUGCCUGUAAUCUGUGUCCAUUAACGUUUGUUCAUCAUAGUCAGUUAGGAAAUCAUAUUAGAUAUAUGCAUUCUGAUGAUAUCAUCAGCAAGUUUGUGGAAUUUGCUAAACGCAGCUUUACCAAAAAUAUACAAGACAUCAAAACGGAUACAAAAUCUGAUUUUGAUUGGUUAGACAGGUCUCAGGAACAAAACAGAAUAACUAUUUGGGAGGAGGGGGAAUGUUCGGAACAAAACUACCGAAGAGUCAAAGGAGACUACGAGUGUAUGGACGAAUCCGAUGAAAUCUUUACCAAAGAAAUAUAUGAACUCAUCGAACAAAACGAAUAUGAAGCUUCUGACAAUAAAGAUCUUGUAUGCGAACCUAAUUUAAAUGGAAUCAGCAAAGACUGUAUAGAAGAUGGAAAUAGAAAACAUGUCAAUAGUGCGAGAGGUCAAGUUUCAUUUCUCCUUCUUGGCACACUGGAAAGCAAAACAAUAGGAAAAUCUCCUUUGAAUGCUAAUUUAGUAGACAACGUACCUCUAACUACGAACAAAUACACGGAACUACAGAAAAAGAAGUCGAAACAGGUUAAAUUAAAAGCCAAGGGGUAUGCUCAGCGACCUUUUUGCAAUUUGAAAGAAGAAAAUGAUCCUUCUUUAAGUGAAACAUGUCAAAACUCGAAGACUUCUCAGCAGAUACAAGAAAUUGUACAGCUUACAGCACAGGAUGAGACCUACAGUCAAGGACAUAUAGUAGACAACGUACCACUAACUACGAACAGAUACACGGAACUACAGAAAAAGAAGUCGGCACACGUAAAAUUAAAAGCCAAAGGGUAUGCUCAGCGACCAUUUUGCAAUUUGAAUGAAGACAAUGAUCCUUCUUUAAGUGAAACAUGUCAAAACUCGAAGACUUCUCAGCAGAUACAAGAAAUUGUACAGCUUACAGCACAGGAUGAAACCUACAGUCAAGGACAAAUAGAAUGGAAGGAGGCAAUCGACAAACUUAAACUUAGUUUUAUGAAAAGGAAGAAAAGGGACAGAAAAGGAGGCAGAUUCAUAUCUAAUUCAGUUUCUUUCCCACGAUGGUUUACUGUAAAUUUUCCUGCUGAAGGGAUCAUGUGUGGUUGCGGAAGAAACCUCAAAACAGCUAAAGCGGCUAUGUGCCACAUACGUCGAAAAAGCCGCACAGCCCGCAAAAGUGUAAAAUUAUUUAAAAAAGCCAUUGUUUAUAAUCAGAGAGAAUAACUAACCUAUUCAGACAUGUAUAUUUAGAAAAAAACACCAAGUUUUAUUGUUGCACGGUGUGUUUCAUUUGUUCCUUAAUGUUAUCCUUCCUUUGUAUUGUAUUCGAAAAACCAUGUGUUCAAUUCAAACUUCCACAUUCGACCAAGUUGAUGGGAAGAUAACUGAUUAGAUAAGAGACAUUUUCCAAUCGUUAUUUUGUGAUGUCUUUUGAUCACUUGACGUAUGAACUUAAAAAAUAUCUUUUAUUGAAUUCAGAUGAAAAAUUUAUAAAAACAGAUAUGCCAAAAUAAGAAUAUGUAACAGCACGCUAGCUAUAACUGUAGAUAUAAUAAAACAGCUGUAGAAAAAAGAGUGUCCAAUCCAUCUUGUAAUGAAGAGGUAGAAGAUAAAUUCCAUUUCGUACACAUCUCAAUAAUUCUAGAAUGAAAAUGUUGAAUGAAUUUCUGAUAUUUCUCCUUAUUUUAAUUCAAUGAUUGAGUAAUAAAACAAAAUUUUCCUUUUUUUUGUAAAAAGUAUGACAUAUUGAUUAAUAUUGUGUAUGGCAUAAGUGAGAUGUAUGAUUACAGAAAAACACGAACAAUUGAGCAUUUCUUCUUUUUACUGUUCUAGUUAUAAUGUUAUGAUAAUUUGAGGAGAGGCAUGCGGACUAGCAUUUUAUAAAUGUUACAUAUUUGUAUUGUUAAUAGUUUAUUUGUGUUAUUUCGUAGCAACCCAAUUAUUUGGAUUUUGUACUUAUAAAUAUCUUACAUCUUGUUGUAUUCUGACUGGAAUAAAAUGCGGAUGACAUUA